UAUACAUACGUACAUACGUACCUAUACACACAUACACACAUGACACACCGCCGCACCGCGCGUACGGACACACACGCAGAAGCUGCCCCGCAUCGCGCAGCGGGCACACGCGCACCGCACCGGCACACGCGCGGAAGCACCGCCCCGGCCCGCCCCCGUCCACCGCCCCCCUCCGCCCGCCGCGCACACAGACACCACGCACACGCCCGGCUGUAAAUGACUGACUGACGGACGGACGAGCACGCAAGUAGGGACGCCGGGCUCUGGACGGAUUAUUCACCCCGUACCAGGGACACGCAGGAAACCACUUCACCUACCUCGCGGGCCGGGCGGGGGCAGGAGGGUCCCCAGCCCCCACCGGUGGACGGCGAGCGCCCCGAGUGUCCGAGGAGCCUGACCAGUCAAUGAAAGAGGAGAUCCACGGCUCCAUCUGCUGGCGUUCAUACCCACCAGCAAGAGUUGCUGUUCACUGAAUGCGCUGCGCUCCGGCACACCUGUAUUAAUUUAUUGGCUGUGAAGAGCCACGGACACUUUGUGCCCUGAUGGGGGACUCAGGAUCCAGACGAUCAACUCUAGUAUCUCGAUUGCCAAUAUUCAGGAGAAGUGUUAGCCGGAGACACGACUCUCUUCCCUCCUCACCUUCUUCUGCUAAUGCCAUUGGUGCCCACACAUCCUCCCCAUCCAGCACUAACUCCAGCUCAGGGAGCACAGGCAAGCGCCGGAGUAUCUUCCGCACUCCUUCCAUUAGCUUCCAUAACAAGAAAGGGAGUGAGCAGAAGCCUGACUCUGCUAGUCAAAAUGCUAAUGUCACAAAUGGUGCCCAGUCCUCUCUCAGCACUUUUCAAAAACUGAGCUUAGAGGAACACAUUAAAAGCAGAGGAAGGCAUUCAGUUGGCUUUGGCAGCUCACGUAGCAAGAAGAUAACAAGGUCUUUGACAGAUGAUUUUGACAAGGGAAAGGAGCCUUCAGCUAAUAAGAAUGUCUUUAUAAAUUGCAUAAGCUCUGGGAAGAAUGAGGGUGAUGAUUCAGGCUUUGCAGAGGAGCAGAGCCGAUACUCUGUCAAACAUUCCACACGGAAACUUCUCCCUAAAUCUUUUUCAUCGCACUACAAAUUUUCUAAACCAGUACCAGAGAGUCAGUCAGUUUCCUCCGUGCAGCAGUCCAGGUGUUUGCUGGAGAUUAAAUCGUAUGUGGAAAGUGAACCUGUAAUCACCAAGUCCUCUCCUCCAUGUUCAGCUGAGACGACAGAGUGCAUGGGAAGUUCCUUACAGUCCCCACUGCUCUCAGCUGACCUUACAGCUGCCCAGACGCCCUCUGACUUUGUUGCUCUGACAGAGGAUUCUGUUUCGGAGGCUGAUGCUCUGGGCAGCAAUGGGACUGGGGUGCUGCUUACAGAAGAUUUUGGCCACAAUGUCUCUACCUCUCAGAUCCUCAAUCCUGUUGCUGCUCCUGCGAGGGAAAUGGAUUUUAUAGAAAGUACUGGCCAUUCUACUGGUGUAUCUCAUGUGAAUCAUGCAAGCUUAUGUAGUGUUGAUUCUAGUACCUUAUUCAAAGCCUCAGCUGCUAGUCAAACAAAAGUAUCAUUGCAAGCCAAUGAACUACAUAUCAGCGAUGACAGGCACAUAGGAGAAAUUAACUCUGCAAACGCACAUUUAGAAAACUUUGAGUUACAGCAUAGAGAAGAACCAGUGAUACCCUCUUCAAAGGCACAGGGGUUGAGUGGGGACAGAGAUGAAAGUACGCCAUCCAAGCACACAGAGGAGACAAUUCCUGUAGUGGAGUCUCGGAUUGUUCCAUGUUCUGAACCUCAGUCCUUUAAACCACAACAGGGUUAUGAAACAAACUGUUCUAAAGUUGAUCUUGCCAAUAGCUUCAGUCCGUACCGAGAAGGCAGAUUUGUUGAGAAGCGACUGAGAUCCUCUUCAGAAGGUACUGCUGGAGGCAGUCGGCUGAUCAUAAAACCAAAGGCUGGAAAUACAGAAGAGCUUAACAGCCUACGGAAGCAGAGAGCAAGCUCAUCCUCUUCAAAAAUGAACAGCAUGGAUGUUUUGAAUAACUUGGGUUCCUGUGAGUUGGAUGAAGAUGACCUCAUGCUUGACUUGGAGUUCCUAGAAGAACAACAUCACCAUCAUUCUGUUUGCCGGGAAGACUCAUACCAGUCGAUAGUCUCAUGUGCUGCUGUUGUACUUACCCCUGUAGAGCCAGCAGUGGAUACAAGGAAAAAAGAACAGACAAUAAUGCCUGAUGUGUCUAAAAAGAACCUAUCUCUGAAGCUGUCAAAGGAGGUAGACCAAGGAGAACCCAGGUAUCCUCGUGUUAGCCAGCUGGCUGGCAGCCCAUCUGUGGAGUGGCCUUUUACCGGUCUGGAAGAAGGUGGAGGCAUUGAAUCUUUGCCCUUCAGACUGAUGCUGCAAGACUGCACAGCUGUAAAGACAUUGCUUCUGAAAAUGAAGAGGGUUCUUCAAGAGAGUACAGACAUGAGUCCAGCUAGUAGCACCACCUCACUCCCUGUUAGCCCUCUUCCUGAGGAGCCAUUAUUUUUCAAGGAUGGAAUAAAAGAUGAAUGCUCAGUGCUGAAGCUGCAGCUGAAGGAGAGAGAUGAACUCAUAGCCCAACUUCGUGAGGAGUUGGAAAAGGCUCAGUGCUUUCAGAAGGCUCUUGCUUCUCAAGCAGAUAAAUCCACUCAGACAGAACUUGUGGGCCAUGAUGCUACAUAUCCAAACAGAACGGUGAGCCAAAAUCUCAGCACAAGGGACAGAAAGUCAGCACAUACUCCCACAGAGGACCCUUUUAGAUACUCAUCAGGCAACCAGGCAACAGCCUAUGAAAGCAAGAGUUGUCAGCUGUCUAAUUUGUGUCUGAGCAACCUCCUAAAAGAGAACAAGAUUGUGGAAGUCAUCAAGCAUACUAGAGGCACAUACGAACCCCUCACUUCAGAGGUCACUCAGAAUGGUUUGGCCACCACAGCACCAACUACAGCAAAGCCAGCAUCCAAGGCAGACAGCUACCCAGUGUUCUCAGGAACUCCAAAAGACCAAACUGCUGUACCUCGGCAGCAUACCACUUUCACAGGGAGACUCGGACAGCCUCCAAGGGGUCCCAUCUCUUUACACAUGUACAGCAGAAAAAAUGUUUUCCUCCACCACAAUUUGCACACAGCAGAGCUACAGACUUUAGGUCAACAAGAUGGGUAACAAGGAGAGUUGAUUAAAGAGGAACAUAAGCUCAACUAGAGCUCAUUCUUCAGUUCUCAUCUGCUGCUACUUCCACCUGAAAAAAAUAAAGUAAAAAAUUACUGUUGUCUGUAGGUUCUAUACUUUCCCACCAGGGACUGUGGCAAAAGGGUGAAUUUUAAUUAAAUAGUUAAAUUAAAUUAAAAAAGUUAAAUAACUAGAUUGACUUGUCAUGCAAAAGUCACCAUGAGUGUUAUAAAUGGGACCAUUUGGCUGGCAUUUCUAGUCCAAUAUUGGGUAAUUUAUUUUUUUGUUUUCUUCUAUAAGCCACUAUCAUUCCCUGAAUUUCUAGAAGGUGAUCUUAAAUAAUACUGUGUAUGUUUAAUAAUGUUACUGUUAAAGUAGAUGUGAGGAAUGAAUAGAUAAGUAAUUAGUAAAAUCUCUUGAAUUUCAUAGAGACUAGGGAAAUAACGAGUCAGAAAUCUUUGAGGACCCUCUUUUUACACUUUUUUUUAUAAAAUGAAAUUUGCUCACCUGUAGA